CGUUUUUGUCGAGUUUCGAAAUUGGAGCCAUGACGGAGCCGGCGCCGUACGCCCGCGUCUUGAGCGCAGCCGAGAAGGCCAAGGUCGACGCGCUUGCGACGCGCCUUGUCAACCUCGACGACGCAUAUCACUUUUGGGUCCGCGACAGCAACGAUGUGCGAAGUGCUCGUUCGCGGGAUGGCUUUGCGAUGCGCUGGCGCUCGGCCAUGCCCAUUGCAGAGAUACGCGACCAAAUCCAAGAGCGGUAUGCGGUGGCGGGCCACUACAACGACGCCGUGGACCCGCCGCUCCGACUCCUCCUUGGCGGCAAGGUCCUCGAAGAUGGACACAAGCUCGCCGAGUACCUUCCGCUCAAGACACCGUACAACAUGCAGCACCUCCGCUGGGCCAAGCCCUACGCAGGGGUCAUUUGGGUCGCACCGCUCGAGGUCGAGGCGCAAUUCGCUAAAAAGUGGGGCCACUACGUCGCACCGAACGCGUGACGCACUAUCGGAUACUAUCCAUCUACUAUCCAUCUACUAUCCACUGGAUCUGGUGGGCAAAUUCAGUCGAGCUCUCCAACAAGGUCUAAAGUUCAACGAUUGCAGUGCUUCGUGGCACGAUAUAUUUUUCGGA